UGGACCGCCGAGGCCGAGUAAAAAAACAAUAAUAAUUACAUUAAAAGGUAUUUCUCUCCAAACUAAGGAAUACUCUUUGCUCUGGCAAGACUUUUUCCUUUCUCUUCUGCCAAGAGGAUCGGAGCGCAGAUGGAUCUGAGCCGCAUCGUGUUGCUGCUGGCGCUCCUCUCCUUCGACGAGGUACUGUCGGUCGAGGCGACGACCGACGACGACAGAGGCAACGGGACUCACGUGAGCCUCCAGUGGCUGAGCCAGCGGAUCGCCGUGUCCCAGUUCCGGUGCUUCCAAAGGAUUACGAGAGGAUCUGAUCGCAAAAUUAACAGUAAUGGCACUGCAAUAAAUCACUGCAAUGCUACGUGGGAUGGAUGGCUGUGCUGGGGAGACACUGAACCUGGAGCGACAGAGCAAAACUGUCCAGACUACUUUGAUGAUUUUGACACACGAGCAAUAGCGGUAAAGGUCUGCACAGAGACCGGCGAGUGGGCGCGACACCCGGAAAGCAACAGAACGUGGACGGACUACACCAGCUGCAAACCCGACAAAACAAACUGGACGCUUACGGCAAUGAUCCACUUCUACUUGAUCUUGAUCGGUCAUGGACUGUCGCUCGUAUCGCUCCUCGUUUCCUUAGGAAUCUUCUUCUAUUUCAAAACUUUGAGCUGCGAGAGGAUAACUCUUCACAAAAAUCUUUUCCUUUCCUUUGUCUUAAACUCAGUGAUUACUCUGACAUGGUUCUGCAUAAAUAAGGAUUCGCUGAGCAGCCAGGUCAGACGGAUUUCUGCCUUGCGAUCAAACGAAAACGCGGUUGUUCGUCGAGCGCGCGGCGGUAAUGGAGUUUCUGGGUCUCUUUCUGAACAGGGCAGCUGCAAGAUUCUCGCGUUCAUUCACAUGUACAUCAUGAGCUGCAACUACUUCUGGAUGCUGUGCGAGGGCAUUUAUCUACACACUCUGAUUGUGGUGGCGGUGUUCGCCGAGAAACAGCAUCUCAUGUGGUAUUAUCUUCUCGGAUGGGGUUUCCCCCUUGUGCCGGCUGUUAUAUAUUCAAUAGCACGCACCUGCUACUACGACGACAAAUGCUGGGUCAGUUCGGCUACGUCCCUGCUGUACAUUAUCCACGCUCCCAUCUGCGCGGCGUUAGUGGUGAAUUUCUUCUUCCUUCUCAACAUCAUUCGGGUCAUCAUCACCAAACUGCGCGUCACGCAUCAGGCUGAAUCCAGCCUGUACAUGAGGGCGGUGAGGGCCACCCUCAUCCUCAUCCCCCUUCUGGGCAUCCAGUACGUCCUGCUGGCGUACCAACCCCACAGCCACUGGAUCUCGGAGAUUUACUUAUACAUCAUGAACAUCCUUAUGCAUUACCAGGGUCUCUUGGUUUCUACGAUAUUCUGCUUCUUCAACGGGGAGGUCCAGACUGUCCUCAGGAGACAGUGGAAUCUUCUGCGGAUGCAGUCUGCCGGCACGUUUGCCAACCCCGAGUUCUUCCGUUCGGCGUACUACGUGGCGUCGUCGCUCACCGAAGUCCACCGCUGCUACAGCAUCGAGAGCCACACCGAGCACAUGAACGGCAAGAGCUACUCUGACAUAUUCAGAUCGGAAAGCCCUUACGUGUAAGAAACGAGGUUCGACUGAAUCUUUUAUGAACGGACAUGCAAAAAAAACAACAACAACAAAACAAAAAAAGGUUAAGAGAGCAGUUUGGAUUCUCUUCUUUACAUAUUUCACCAGACUUGACUUUGCAGUAUCAACUCUUAGUGUUGCAAACAUUGAGGCAAAACAGGACCAAGGAACAGUGAUUGUUUUCACUCUACUGUAUCCUAUUUAUGUGGGAGAUUAGUGCAAAGUUGAGGUAAAUGUCAAAACAAAACAAAUGGCAACCGAGUGGAUUUUCUCAUGUCACUCUAUGGCAUUUCUACAUGAAUAAUUGGACAAAGCUAAACUUAAGAUGUUGCUGAUUUUUUUUUUAAAAACGUUUCACUCCAUCGGGCACUGUUUGCAUUUCAUGCAUUUGAUUUGGUUUAAUUGUAUUUUCAUUCAUGUAUUCAAUUCCAAAUGCUGGAGAAACGACAGAAGCACACUGUAUUGCAGUGUGUUUGUACAACGUCUGAUUGAAACUGUUUCGAGGAAACUCUUUGAGGCACAAUCUGUCACAUAAACUGUUUUUCUGCUUUCAACCCGAGAUGCUCGUAGUCUGUAUUUUGGAGUCGAACGCUAAAGCUUAUUGGUUUUGGUUCCGACUCCAAAUCUCUCCAGAGUUUGCCGAUUGUUCUACUGUGAGACCAAUGACUACUGUUAGCAACGCAGUGAAUUUCUCUUCAUAUAUUACAAGAGAGUUUUGUAUGGUUAAAAUUCUCCAACGAAGCUUAGACCCUAAAACCUCGGUAACUGAUAAUUCACUGAAUGUGCGCAUAGUCGAAAAUAAGCCCAGCUAUAACAGGUGACGUAAUGUUAGAAUGUCCUUUACUCAUGUUUUGACUCUUUCUCAAUGUCUUCCUGUGAAAAUACCUUUUUUUUUUGGUCACAAAACACUAAAAUUGUUAUAUUUCCGUAUUUAAUCAAGCUCACCUUGUUUAGUCAGGUCAUGUUGUUAAAGCAACCGUUUUUAUCUAAUAGUAUUUAAACUACCAAGAGAUUUUGUUCCUACUGAAGUAAUAAUACUGUAAAUAAAGACUUGUUGAUUUAAAAA